CGCAGGCACAAUCAGGCAAAUGCACGAAUUCGGCGAGGAUACGGCAUUCAGACAAAGAUGAAUUUGGAUGAUCAGUUUCUAGCACAUCUGUAAACAUCAAAUAUAGUUUAUAUAUUUAUAUAAUACUUAGAGUCCGUGUAAUAAUCGUGCCCAUAUUUGCGCAUAGUUGUAGUUAUAGACAAAAAGUAACCGGCUUUAUGCGAUCAGGUGGCUAGGCCUUGCCUGGCCCGCAGUGUCUCGGCACGAUCAUGCAUCCCUCCUGGGGUGGUUACGGAGGAGGACACCAGCCUCCUCCACACUUCGGCCCGCGGCCGCAUCAGUUCAGGGGAGCUCAGCCUCCACCAACGGCAGCAGCAGCAGGAGGAGUCGGAGGUUAUGGGGGAUAUGGAGCCCCAACCAUUACAGCGUCAUCCAAUUUCUCUAGUUUGCAAGAGCAGCAUUUGCAACAGAUGCAACAGUUGCAGCAGCUGCAUCAGAAGCAGCUCCAGUCUGUGCUGCACCACUCCGGCGGCAGCGGCGCUGGUGCUGCUCCAUACUGGCAGACAGGUAAUGCCGCCGCGCAGUCCAACAAAUUUCAAGAUCCAUCAGCCACAAGAGGCCCAUCUCAGCCCCCGCCUCCAGAAGUGAAGCCCCCACCCCCCGAGCCUUCAUCACCUGCAGCGAAGACCCCCGCUCCAGCUCCAAAGGUUAGCGAAGCCAGUACGUCGGAGGCGCAUGAAAAGCCCGACUUUUCGUCGAUGUCUCAGCAGGAGCAGCAGGACUAUUGGUACCAGCAGCACCUUCAAAAUUUGCAGAAGCUAAAAAAUGAAAAGGGGAAGCAGAAUCAGAUUUCAGAUAACUCGUCUAAUGGAAACUGCCAGGCUCCUGCUCCACCACCUCCAACUGAGCCCCCCAAGAGCACCCCUCCACCCCCACCUCCCAAAGAUGAGCCGCCUCCUCCCCCACCACCUGAGGAAACAAAACCCAGUAGCAUCAGUGAUACAGGAGACCCAGCAGAAGCAGCACGUCUUCAACAGCUGCAAGCAGCAGCUGCCCACUGGCAACAGGUGCAGCAUCAGAGGGCCAGCUUUCAGUACCAGGCACUGAUGCAAGAACAUGCUCAACUACAGCAGAUCCUGCAACAGUACCAACAAGUUAUUCAACAGCCAGCGCAUCUCCAGACAAUGCCCUUGGACAUGCAGUUGCAACACUAUGAAAUGCAACAACAACGGUUUGCUCCAUUGUUCCAAGAAUGGGACAAGCACUUUAAUUUGUGGUUGGAACAGUUUCAGUCUUACCCACACAAAGACCAGCUACAGGAUUAUGAAGCCCAGUGGAGGCAAUGGCAAGAGCAAAUGAAUUCAACUUCAACUCAUUUGCAAGAGAGAGUCACAACUCUUAGAGCCAUGCAGCAUCAGUAUGGUACUGGCCCUUCUUAUGGAGGAAUGAUGGGACAAUAUGGGCAGCAUAGACUCCAUGGACCAGAUAGAAACAUGCAUUUAACCAGUCCAGGGGUUCCAUCUAUGCCUCCGCCAGUUAACAUGAAUGCCAUAUCGGAACCUUCUCCACAAGUUCCUCCACCUUCUGGACCAGGUAUUCCACAAAGGCCAUCAUCUUCAAAUGCUGCGGAAACCUACCCAGCUUCUGGUCCAGAUUCUGUCUCUGAGAAAUGCAAAACUGCUGGACCAACCGGACCAGGAGUUAGACCUUGCGGAAGAUUUGAUGGCCCAAGGUUUGAUGGUCCCAGAGGCCCACGCUUUGAACAGCCACCACAGCAACAUUUUAGUGGACCACCUAGAUUUGACAAUAGCCAACGAUUUUGCCGACCUCCCAGAGGUAAUCCUCUGCAACCAGGUGCUCCAGCAAGACUUGAGAAUCCCCCUUUGCAGAAUCCACCCCCAUGCUUCGAAAGAUCCCCUGCUCCACCACAAAAACCAGGGUUUGGCCCGCAAUCCAGUCUUGGCACUGGCAGUCAAACAUCUAAACCUGUUGCACCACUGGAUCCUCCAUCUCAAACAGGUUCAGAAAAAAACAAAAUGCCCCAAGAUCAAAUCAACAAAAAAGACUGUGAUUCUACUGCCCACUUACUGACAGAUGACAUAUUGGACUCAGAGGAUGGAUUUUUUCUUCAGAAUGGACCCAUUCCUCAAACGAAAGAUAAGAAACCUGAUAAUGCCUCUGCAGAGAUUGCUAAGCAGAAGAUCACAGCAGAUUCAAGUAAAACAUCCUUACCUGUGGAAAUUCCGAAAAGCACCAACAAAAAUUCGCAGAAUUCUGUCUCGCAGCCUUCUAAAAGUGGUCAACCGACUAAUGGGCCACCACAACAAACAAAGCCUCCUCAGUGUGAUCAGUUUAAACCUGAUACACCUAAAGAGCUUCCUAGGGGCCCACAGGUGAAUCAGAUGGGGACGCCGCAUGCCACACUAGGGAGGGGAAGAGGCCAAGGGCCAGUGCCUCUCAGAGGCAGGGGGCGUGGACGUGCUCGAGGACAGUUUGGAGGGCCAAUGGGCGAUCCCACCUGCCAACGAGAAAUUAUGGAGGAUGUUUUCUAUGACAAGCCAGCACCAGAUGACAUUAGUCACGUAGUGGACCACGAUUUGGCCUGGAGAGAUCCCUCUCUAGAUGAGUCUGGAGAAAUGGAUGACCAGGGAACCCCUGAUGAGAUGUGGCAUCCAGAGGAGCACCACUUCCCAGAAGAGCACUAUGAAAAACCUGGAACUCGAAGACCUCCAAUGGGUCACAGGGAGCACCCACAGAGUGCCCAUCUGGAAGAACACUGGGAAGAACCACAGGAUUACUGGGAGGAAGAAGAUCCCUACUGGGCAGAGAGACCUCUCAUGCACGAUAAACCACCUUUUCCUCCAGAUGGCCCCAGAAGACCCCCUUUCCAUCCUCGAUUUAUGCCUCAUGGUCCAAGACGCCCACCUCCUCCUGGGAGUAUGAACCCACAUGGUCCUCCACACAUGGUUCGUGGGGGUAUGGGACCACGAUUCAGGCGUGGUGGCCCAUGGGGACCACCACCACGUCAUGAAAUGAGACUCCCACCUCCCCCACACGAAAUCUUGGAUAGGGAACCAGGCUAUGAAGAUGAAAUGGACAGAGAACCUGAAUGGCCACAUCACCAUGGGAGAGAACUUAGACAUCCUCCUUUACCUCCCCAUGAAAUAACAGAGAGAGAGAUAAGAAGACCACCAAUGAGGCCACCAAUUCCAAGUGACCAGUGUCAUAGACCGCCACCCCAUGAAGAAGGAAUGUAUGAAGAGGAAUACCCAUAUGGUCCAGAGGAUGAUGGAUACAGAAGGCCAGCUCAUGAAUAUCAUCCAGAUUAUGAACAAGAUGAUGAAUAUUACCAUUCUCGCAAAGAAUGGGGCAGGGAGCAUCCUGAUGUAGACUAUCCACCACACGCCCCACCAGAGCACAUUAGAGCGGAUCGUUGGGUUGAGGAAAGAGAAAGAUCAUUUGUAUAUGAGGAUAGAUAUAGAGAGGAGCGAAGAGGACCUGGUUACCCUGAUAGUCCACCUUAUCGAGAACGAGAUAGGGAGCCUCCAUACCACUCUCGUUCUGAUUGGGAAAGGCCACCACCUCCACCCCUACCAGAGAGAGGUUACUCUCAUCGAGGUGGUGAAACUGAGUCCCAUUAUGAAAGGAACCCAGAGUCCUUUCCUGGCCUGGUACCACCUCAAGGACCAGAUGCCCCACUUGAGCAUUCUUCACCCGAUGCGUCUAAAACUGUACUUGCUCUUUCUCAAAGGCAACAUGAGAUCAUCCUCAAAGCUGCCCAGGAGCUGAAAAUGAUAAGAGAGUUGCAGGAAAGCAAAAAGGCUUUGGGAGAAGCAGCCAUCCCAGAGUCAGCUGGGCUGCCUCCAGAACUUCCCCAUGGUAUUCUUGGAUUGGAAAUUCCACCUGAGGUUAAAAGUGCUCUUCAGGCUACCAAUUUAUUGUCAGAAACGGGACAGAGUCUUCCUUCUCAACUUUUGGAAGCUGGUUUGCCCCAUUCAAAUCAAACUUCAGACUUCCUUCAUACGUCCUCAACACCUGCCCCUAAACCCUCAUUCAUUGCUAAGACAGUGGACUAUGGACAUGGUCGUGCAGAUGGAGGCACAACAGUGGAAAGGAUUUCCUAUGGAGAGAGAAUAGUGUUGAGGCCUGGACCCGUGCCAUCUGAGCGACCUUAUGAGAAAGAGCUGCUUGGCCGAGACCCAUACUAUGAAAGAAAAAAUGACCCAUAUGCAAUACCCAGAGACUAUGACAGGGAAUGGGAAAGAGAUCCAUACAGGGAGAAGUCACCCCUGGAUUAUGAAAGAGAGAGAUAUGAAAGAGACCGUUACCUUCGAGAUGAACGCCCUCCAGUUGGGCCUCGUCCAGGAUACAGGGAUAGAGAAAGAGAUCACCCAAGCCGCACAAGCAGGGAUCGAGAGAUUUACAGCCGACAAGGCUAUGAUAGGUCUUCAUAUGAACGGAGUCUUGACCAUGGAUCCUCAAGCUAUGGCAGUGAUCGUAGAAGCUAUCCAGAUGAGCGUCCGCCUCCACCUGCAUCACUGCCCCCUCCUGCUCCUGUUGCCCCACCACGGGUGGAGAAGAAACCAGAGAUAAAGAAUGCAGAGGACAUCCUCAAACCCCCAGGACGAGCAACUCGACCUGACCGGAUUGUGGUCAUUAUGCGUGGAUUACCCGGAAGUGGCAAAAGUCAUGUCGCAAAACUUAUUAGGGAUAAAGAGGUUGAAAGUGGUGGUGCACCGCCUAGAGUUCUUGGUCUGGAUGAUUAUUUCAUGACUGAAGUGGAAAAAGUCGAGAAGGACCCUGAUACUGGGAAGCGCGUCAAGAACAAGGUGCUUGAAUAUGAAUAUGAACCUGAGAUGGAAGAUACAUAUCGAAGCAGCAUGUUGAAAACCUUCAAGAAAACACUGGAUGAUGGAUUUUUCCCAUUCAUAAUCCUGGAUGCCAUCAAUGAUAGAGUAAAAUACUUUGACCAGUUCUGGAGCGCUGCCAAGACAAAAGGUUUUGAGGUGUACUUGGCUGAAAUUACUGCUGAUCAUCAAACAUGUGCAAAGAGAAACAUACAUGGGCGGACACUGAAGGAUAUUACAAAGCUGGCCAAUGGCUGGGAGUCUGCGCCACCCCAUAUGGUCCGGCUAGAUAUCCGGUCCCUACUGCAGGAUGCUGCUAUUGAAGAUGUGGAGAUGGAAGACUUCAACCCAACUGAGGAAGAACUGAAAGCUGAAUUGAAAAGGGAGGAGGAGGAUGAGACAGAUCUGGGAUACCUUCCGAAAAGCAAAUGGGAGAUGGACACUUCAGAAGCAAAACUCGACAAACUGGAUGGUUUGGCAGGUGGAGGCAAGAGAAAGCGAGGCACUGAUGUGUCCGGCAUGGAGGACUUUCUUCAGCUGCCUGACGACUAUGCCAGUCGCAUGUCUGAACCUGGCAAAAAGAGGGUGCGCUGGGCUGAUCUGGAGGAGCAGAAGGACGCAGACAGAAAGCGUGCAAUUGGUUUUGUCGUCGGUCAAACCGACUGGGAGAAAAUCACAGAUGAGAGUGGCCAGAUUGCUCAGAGAGCUCUCAACCGCACAAAGUAUUUUUAGGAGAUUUUGUCGAGACGUUGUUUGUACAGCAUUUAAAGAUCACCAGUCCAUGAAAUUCUUGAUGUCUAAAUUGUACUGCUUGCCGAAGAAACAGUUUUGCACCUCAUGCUCCGAUACAGAAGCGUUGUGAAGAUCCACUCUAUAGUACAUGUAAUGGCCUUUGUGUAAUAUCUUGGAUAACCCUUUGUUUUAUCCACAAUCUUAUUUUAAUAGGUUAAGCAGUCUGUGAAGUUUUGUGACAGUGAUACAUUUGCUUGUAGAUGAUUUCCUUCACUUUUUUUAUUUUUAUUCCAUAGAUCUGAUGUAUUCAGCUAUAAACUGUAAUGUAGUUCACAUACACACACACAUCUAAUAAAUGUUACAAAACAGCCUCAUAAAA